AUGCUAUUUAUUAAUUAAGAAACUUUUUAAAACGAAUUGCUUUAGGUUGAAAGAUCCUAACUAAGUUAAAAAUAAGAUUGUGUUCUUUAAAGUUUCGAAUAGCAUAUAGUAUAAUUCUUAUAUCCUGAAUCACAAGAGAAUGGAAAAGUGUAAUUAAAUACUGUAAAUAAAUUAAUUCCUUUGAUAUUAAUGGCUUCCUAGUUAAUAUAACUUAAGGAUAAUAAAGUAGGAAAUAACAUGGAGAAGGAUUUUUAAAUGGAUAUUGAAGUAUAUGAAAACUAUACUAAGUUAAGCUAGGACUUUGAUCUUAUGAGCAACAGAGAAUCAGAAAUAAAUUAGAGAUCUGUUAUAUUAUAUAUCUAAGAUGGCAUCCUUAGAGAAUUUAUUAUUGCAUCAUUUGCAUUUCUGUCAUGA